GUUCUCGUCAGCGUUCUCCUAGGGCCAAUCGAUCAGACGACAAUCGCCGUGCUGGUCUUUCCUCCUCUCGUCACGGUUCUCAUCGGAGCCUUCGAUCAGAGGAGGAUCGUCUUGCCAAGCGCCAAGCUCGGGCCGCUGGGUCUGACGCUGGCAAGCCAGGCGCUCAUACUGCGUCCAACGCUGAUGAAAGGAGUCUAGCUAGACAAAAGAAUCAAGCCGAUCGUCCUCCCAAGACCAAUCGAUCACAUGAGGAUCGUCUUGCCAAGGACCGAGCUCGAAGCGCUAGGUUUCACACUUCCAACCCAGGUGCUCACACUGCUUCCAACGGAGACGAAAGCAGGUCAGAUAGACGGAAAAAUCGAGCCAAUCGCGAUCGAGACGCCAAAGUACGGGCCAAGAAUAGCGCUACUAAGUCUAGUGGAAACGGUGCUGGUAGUGACGGCGUGGUAGAUGAAGUCGAGCGCCACGUUGUGGUCGAUCCAAUUAAGCAGAGAGUUGAUCAUACUGGUGCUGUCGAAUUGAAGGCCAUGGCUAUCGAAGAUGUGGCGAAUGAACAGCUCAAGGAACAACAGGCUCAAAUCGAAGCGCUCAAGCGACAAAUGCAAAACAUGGCGCAACCAAAUCAUGGUUCGGAUCCUGGCACAGAAGAAGAUAGUGAUGUCGAUGGUACCAAUGCAGCUAACGAGCAGUAUCCCAAGAAGCGUUGGAAAUGUAUUGCUGGCAUCCUCUUCUUCCUUCUUGCAAUCGGUGGAGGAGUCGCUGGAUACAUCCUGGGAACCUCCGAGAAGUCUCCCACCGAAGCUCUACAACUUCAAGUAGGGCCGACGAACCCUCCAACUACGGCAGGUGGCAAUACUACUGCUAUACAAUUACCCAGUACUUCGCCUUCCAACAGUCCCACCGAGUUGCAAAUCUACAGGCCACCAAGUCAAGAGGAUUGCGAGGCCAUUGCAUCUGGCUCGACAUUGUCAGACCAAGGCAGCUUCACUUCCAGAGAGUUUGUCAUUGAGUUUGAUGCAACCUUGAACUCUCAAAUGGCAGAGGAAGAUUGGGUAGGACCUCUCAAGGAGCAGCUUCAGUCGAUUUUUCUUCCCGUCGUGGCCGGUUGCUCGACUCGUCGCUGGCUUCGUGAAACGAAGAGCAAGCAACACAGACAACUGCAAUUGUUGCCAGACUUUGCUAUUGCAAACGGCAAAAUUGGAGACGCCAUUGUAACGGAAGGGGGCUGCGAGGACGAGUCUGCUGCCG